AUGGCUGCCGAAUCUUCCUCCCAUCUUCUUCCUUUCAAUACCUUAAUCCACAUGUUUUUAGUUUUUUUUUUCUUCGCAUCUUGGCUCUGUAAAUCGCGAGGGAAAGCUCUGCGAGUAGUCCUUCACAUUUCUGAAAGGAUUAGAAAGGCUGUUUUGCUUGCCAGGCAGCUCCACUUUAAUUACACAACCCCUGAUCGCUCUAGACAGGAGAUGUUGAGCACAAUGACUCCACUCCCAACAGAACACUGGCCAAUCAUAAGCAAAAGAGAUGGAAAGAGCAUCUGUAUACCAAGCCCACACACCCCCAAGGCAACGAAGCAUGGCCCUCGGCCUCCUCGAACCAAACUAGCUGAGAUGAGGCAGAUUACUGCCGUUCUCUUUCCGGAGUCGGCACUUCCUUCAAGAUGCAUGGUGCCGUCCGUUUUGGCAUCAAGUCAGGUUUUGUUCUACGAGGAUGAGUUAUGCCAGGGUGUUGCUCAGAAUAAACUUCCGUAA